UCCCUCAUCGAACCAAUCAACGGGCGACGCUGGACGUCGAGCGGCGCGCGGCGGGAGGGCCCCGAUGGGUGGGGAUGGUAGCGUCAGGGACGCGCGGGAAUUCCGGAGGUAGUCGCGUAUACCGUGUGGAUGGAACAGGGAGGCAGCUAGCAGCAGCAACGGCAGUAGCAUCAUCGAUAGCGGCGACGAAUAACCAUUAUCGCGAGCUCUUACGAGCCUUCGUAGCUACGUUAACGAAUUUUAUUCGGUACUGUCGCGCGGUGAGAAACGGUGAUUCGUGAAAAGUGAAAACACUUGGAACGAACGACACGCCGCGCCGUUUGCAUCGUGCGCUGUGAGGGACAGGCGAGGUGGUGGUGUGAGUAGGAGUACACAUACACACACGUGUGCGUUCACAUACACGCGCGCAGCCAGCCGGAGUUUAUAUAGGUGUGACUGCGCAGUCGCCAUGUACAGCCCAUCAUGGGAAGAUUGAAACUGGUAUGAUCGUGAAUGUAAAAUGGCAAGGAAAAGGGAUCAUGUCCAGUUAAACACUGUCAGCGACUGCUACUCCUUUUUCUGAGAGAGCGUCUGUACUCCAUUUUAUACAAGGGUAUAAGGAAACAUGACCGAUGUUAAACAGAUUGGAAUUACGACGUCACAACCACAACAAUCGCAAACACAGCAGCAACCGCAGCAACAAGCUCCACAGCAACAAAUAAUGAUUGCGACUCAUGACCUACAGCAGCAGCAGAAUGUUCAGCAGCCACAGCAACAGCACGUGCAGCAGUCGCAGCAGCCUCAGCAGGUCCAGCAACAAGCUCAAGUGCAGCAGCAAGUUCAGCCACAACAGCAGCAGAUGCAGCAACAAGUCCAGGCGCAACAGCAGAUACAAGUCCAACAGCAACAGGUCCAGCAACAACAGCAGCCGCAACAACAGCAAUCGCAGCAGCCACAACAACAACAAACCAAUGGACCUCACAAUGUUGUUCCUACUCAAGUUCAAGUGCAGCCACAAGUAGCUGCAAGCAUGCCACAACAAUUACAGGGAGCUGUUGCGGUAUCGAUGCAGCAACAUCAGCAACAGGGUGGUGUGUCCAUGACAUUAUCUGGUCAACAAGGUGCAACCACUAUAACUACGAUGGCUGCACAUCCUCAAGCAGUUCAAGUCAUUCAACAGCCGAUGCAAAGUCAAGCUUAUCAUUUACAACAAUUGUAUAAUACUCAAGGUACACCUUUAUUGAUGCCAGGAAACCUUGCGCUUCAUCCGGCAGGCAUAAAUCCUUCUUCUAUUCAGGUAAUAACAGCUGGAAAGCCAUUUCAAUCUGCAGCUCAACUAACUCCGCAUAUGUUGGCUACAACAACCACACCUGGACAAGGAGCUGGUCAUCCAGGUGCCGGUGGUACCAAGGUUCCUGGAUUUCCCACUGGUUAUUUACCAGUACCCACGUCCGCUAAUCAUGGUGCUGGUCAGACGUUAGUGUUUGGUCAGCUCGGUGUAUUAGGUUCUCCUCAACCACCCUCACUACAGCAACAACAACAGCAGCAAUCCACGAAUAAACAAGAUCAAGUACAAAAACAGUAUACAACAUGCACGACUGGGACACCUUCAGGGGGGAGAACUAGUGGCAUGCAGUUUGCAGCACCCUGGCAAUUCGCACCACAAGUAUGGGCCACUGGAUUGCAACAACCGACCUUGCUCACUGCCGCACCUAAUCAAAUAUUUAUUCGCGGUCCUACGCAAACUGAUAUGUUUAUACAAAGUCCACAGCCAAUACAGGCGCACAAUGCUCUCGCAACACAACAACAGAUACAAGGUGUGCAGCAAAUAACGGCGACCAGUGGAAAACCUGCUAAAGUGGUGGAUAUCCAGCAACAACCGUCUCAACAGGGUAAGCCAAAUACGUCCAUACAACGGCCGUUGAAUAUCUUACCGUCGUCCUUGGCAGUACAGGCUGCCAAUGUACGGGCCGCCAGUUCUGUCUCCACACAGACAGUUUAUGGAGUACAAGCUACAAUACAGAGUAAAGGUACCGGUACUGGAAAAGGUCGUGGCAGACCACCUUUACAAUCUCCACAACAGCAGCAGCAGCAGCAGCAGCAACAGCAGCAGCAACAACAACAACAACAGCAACAAGUCCAACCUCAAGUGCAGCAUCAGCAAGUUUUCAUACAACAAAAGCAGCAGCAACAGCAGCAGCAGCAGCAGCAACCACCACAGUAUCAACAAGUGCAAUCUUCUCAAAUACAGACUAAACCCAUUAUGACGAAUAUGACGUUGCAACAACCACCACCUGGCGUUGUCCUCGGAGCGGAUCGUUCCAUUAUGCCAGUAGUUUCAGUGGGCGGAGUUGGAGUCGGAGUCGGGAUCGCUGCUACAUCUCAGAUGAAUCCAAUGACGCAACCUCCAAUGUCAACUAUGCAGCAACUUCCUUUACCGGCUAUCAAUCCGACGAUUAUUGGUAAUCAAAUAAUGAGCAGUGCGUCGCAGAUUCAAGCGAUACCUAUCGUAAAUGCGACGCAGGAUCAACCGGCACACGAUAACACCAACUCAACGAUAAUGAUUACAUCGCCGGACCGUAAUCCGCAAGCUGAGUGUUCUUUAUUGCCAUCUACUACAAAUGCCCCAUUAAUGACAGACGAUAGCGUAAAGCUAAUGAAAAAGGAAGACGUACCUGCCACUACAGAAGAUAUCACAGCAGCACCUCAAUCGGAAAUAACAGUUUUAUACGUAGAUGGUGACCAGUGUAAGACAGUAAAAGAAGAAGAAACCGUUUCUAAAGUGGAAGAGAAACAGUGCAAUAACCCAUUAGCAGGGCUUGCCAAUACAGUGAAUGCGAUUACGAAUGGUGUGGUCGGUGAUGAGUCACAGAUUAUACCGAUUUCCUCCGCAACAGUCAUAGUGAAUAAUAAACAAGCGCCGCCUAAAGCCAUGGUGAAGCCGCAAGUCCUUACGCAUGUGAUAGAAGGAUUCGUAAUACAGGAAGCGUCAGAACCCUUUGCGGUGAGUCAGGAAACUACCAAUAUUCUUAAUCGGAGUAACACGAUCACAGAAAAGGAGACACUCGAGGAGCCUCCAAAAAAGAAACAUUGUACUAAUUAUUCGAAUGAAGAGGAUGGAACCAACGGCCAAGUCAGCAAAUGCGAAAACUGCGGUAAUACGAUCGACGAACAAAACGUCAAGUUAAAGAAAGAAAAGCGAUUCUGCUCGACGAUAUGUGCAAAAAGUAAAAAACGUGAAACGCGAGAUCGCGAGACUACGGAGAAACAAUGGACUGAAAUAGAGACUGAAACUAAAACCGUCGAUAACGACGUAACGAAGAAAAAUGGCGAGGAAAGAUCGUUGUCUACAACUACUUCCUCUGCCGAUGAAUCACUGCCGAAAGUGAAUCCAGUCAAGUGGACGGUGGGUGAAGUGUGCGAUUUCAUACGGGGUCUACCGGGAUGCGCUGAUUAUGCAGAGGACUUCGCUAUCCAAGAAAUUGAUGGCCAAGCUCUUAUGCUGCUGAAGGAAGACCAUCUCAUGUCAGCAAUGAGUAUCAAGUUAGGCCCAGCAUUGAAGAUCGUCGCUAGGAUUGAUUCAAUGCGCAUAGAUUCGAACUCGAAUUCUUCGACGAAUAAUUCAUAAUCAUCCAUCUAUCAAUAACGAAUUUUCAAAAAGUGUUUCCAGAACAUUUUCUAGCCUGUGGGCUACAGGGUUUGUGCAAGCAUUUGAAUGUAAAUGAUUAGGAUUAAAUAUGUCAUAAUUACAGUUGUGUAUCCGAGUGUACAUGUAAAUUGUACAUGUGAACACUUCUAGUAUGAGCGAUUUCCAAUCGAUACCAAACUUGGUAACGUUUGCGAUUCUUGAUUUAUUUCUGAAACUGUAUAAUUGUAUUGCAUAUAUAAUUUAGUUUUCAUAAGUAACUUACGAAAGAGACGAAGCAAUAUCUAUCCACUUUUUAUUAUUUUAAAUAUAUAGAUAAAAGUGUGUACGAAUAUAUGCAGAAGAGACGAGCCUUCGCGCUGACGAGCCUAUGAUACGCGAAGAAGAAAAGACAAAAGUAAAAAAAAGUUAACAUUUAAACUAUUAAUUGGUAUUUUAUGUUAUGAUGAAAAAUUGGGAUACUUGUAUACUAUGCGUGUGGAGGAUACUCGUGAAUAUAAUAGAUUCCAGAGGACAUAAAUAAAAAAUUACUCUUCAAAAAUUUUCCUCAAAAUUUUAAAUUCAUUAUUUAUUAUCCAUUAAUUUUUUAUGUAUUAUUCAAGAGUAUCAUCCAUACGUUAUUUAUAAUUUCACUUUAUUGCGAUUAAUGUAUCUAAGUUCAGUUUGAUAAUGAUUUAAACAAAUUUCAGAGGAUAUUGCCGUAUCAUUUUUUCUUUUAGGAUUAGUUAAGUUGUCGAGUAUACGUUUAGUUUAUACACCAAAAAACAGAUUCAGGUGGAAACAUAAUUGUACUCUUAGUAAAACUACUUUAAGGCCCGUUUGCAACGCAGAUUAAUUUUAUUGACUCAAUUUUCUAUUUUUAUGAUUAUAAAAAUUUUUUUUUAUGAAAAAUGAGUUAAAUCAAGAUGAAAUUAACUCUAGAGUAUUACUUAUGUUUUUCUUUACAUCAAUAUUAUUCUAGGUGAAGAUUUAUUCAUAAAAUUAAGAACUAAAAGAAUUUUUUUACUUAUAAGGGUGUUCCAGACUUCGACACUCGUUAUUCAAUAGCAAACUCCUGAGAUCACUUGGAGACAAAAAUUCUAAUAUCAAAAUGUCGAGGUUACAAUAGUUCUCAAAUGAAAAGAUUUUAAACUUAGCAAAUCAAACUAUGCGAAUUUCGCGCGCUCAGGUAUGGCACAUCAUACCUGAAGAUGUAUGCAAAAUUAAUAUGAAAAAUAAGAAUCAUAUUUAAGUAUACGUUCACUAUUAUGCAAUUUGCCAUUCUUAAACGCACGAAUUUCGGAUUUAAUUUGCCAAUUUUAAACGCUUCUCAUUUAAAAACUAUUGUAACCUCGAUAUUUUUUUUUAUAUUAAAGUCGAUAUUCAUGAUUCUUAUUUUCAGAAUAGUCUUAAAUAAUGUUUUAAAAUGCUAAUACGGUUUUCUGAUUGAUUGAUGAUAUCUUAAGAUGAUUUUAAAUAUAAAAAUUGGCUAUGAAUUCCGGCCUAGGAUGUUUGUCUCAAAAUAAUAUACUAAUAUAAUAAUGGGUGUUACGCGAAAUUUGAGACAUUCUGUAUAAGCUUCAGAAGAUUUGGAUUAAUUGAUGAACAGAUUCUUUGUUACAUAGUAAAUUGUCUUUGACUAUUAUAUAUAGAACACUUAGAUGAAAUUAGAAUGAUUGAAAGAAAUCAAGAGUACAAAGGUGCUUUCUGUGAUUUGGUCUGGUCCAAAAGAAGUAGAGACAUGAAUAGUAAGUUUAUAUAGUGCAGGCUUUUUGAUAGCAAAAUGACUUACAUGUUCAUGAAAAUUAUCUUAAAUUCAUCUGUAGAGUACAUUAACUGGUUCAGAUAAGUUAUAGGUACAUGUUUGAUAAACAAUAUGAUCGGCCCCAAAUUAUUAUUGUUUUUAUUAAUGCUAGAUGAAAAUUCAUCCACAUUAGCAUUUCAUUAACAUUCAUUGGUGCAAACGGGCCUAAAUACAUGUUCAGUUAUAUUUCAGGCUCAAUAUCAAUUAAUGUUCAAAGACAUGUACAUAUAAUGUCAUAUAAUGAUCACGCAAUAGAAUUAUAUAAAUGAUUUUAUUGAUCUUAAUCAAUAGGUUUGUGAAAAAAAUUUUAUUUGACAUGUACACGAUGUCUAUAUGAAAGCUUUCUCAAAGUACACUAUUUUGUGAAACUGGAACUGUCAAAGAAUAGAGUACAAAUUGUGUCCAUUAUUAUGCAAAAACAUAUAUUGUAAAUAUAAAACAAGGAUACAGCUGCUGUAUUUUGUACUCAAGAGUAAAUAAUAUCGGUUGAUGUACAAAAUGCGUUGCCUUCUAUACAAUUUACAGAUGGGAGCAGUUACUGUCUUGUUAAGAAUAUGGUAUUUUUUGCUUAUGCCAGAAUAAUUUUGAAUGAUAAUCGCUCUUACGUUAAUAUUGGAGAAAGAAACUGCCUAUACUUAUCGUUUCAUAUUUUCAUAUACGUGUUUUCGUAAAUAUAAGACAUGUAUUUGGUCGAAGUGUAAAUAGAUGUAAAACAUUUAUUUAUUGUACAAAUUUGAGAUUUUAGUUGCUGAGAAUUAUCCUUCCGUUGUAUCACUAUUAACUUCCGUUAAUCCAAUGGAAAAAAGUGAUUAUCCUAUUUUGUAAGAGCAAUUAUUUCUGUCAUUAGUGUAAUAUUACAAAAAAGUAAUAAGUUAUGGAAAAAAUGUCAUUAUUUUUAGUAACAAAAUCUUUUUAAUAAAAUAAAAACUGAUAUGUAAUUUUUAGUAUAUCAAUAUAUUGGCAUAUUCUUAAAAUAUUCAAUAUAAAUAUGCGUAUUAUAUAAAUUCACACACACAAUCGUCAAUUCUGAUGCUAACCAAGGCAAAGGUUGCUGCUUUUAUAUAUUUCUUAUUGUAAGAUUAAUUACUUUUAUACGUAUUUUGAUAUCGUGUAAAGCAGCUGCAAGAUAUAUCCCAAAUUUAAUAGGAUCCAUCACAUUUGGAUUGAACAAUGAUUUCUGAUGCGUUUUAUGCAGACGUUAAAUGUAGUAAUAGGUGUCUUUUUGUACAUUGUAAGAAAGAGAAUCUUAGCAGAAGAAACAGCAUAGCUUCUUAAAACAUCGUAUGUAUUACUAAAUUUAUCCCACGCUCUAUUCAUGCCUAUUGAUAGAAAAAUAGGGUCUCUACAUAAUGCAAAUUGAAUAUUAUGUGCACCUCAAAAGAUUUUGUUGCAGAUGCGGUUGCACCAAUAAUACGAGCUUGUUAACCUUGCCUGGGAGUAAUUACUUUCUUCCAUAUUACAUUGAUUAUUCUUUUUUAUAUAUGCCCUUUAUAAGGCUCUUAUAAUAACAAAAGUUGGCCUAUAACAUAGACACAUGAAGAAAAUUUAAUUAAUACUAACUGAAAUUGGUGCAACUGUGGUGGUUUUAAAGGACACUAAAAUUUCAGCAGAAUUCAAAAUUCAGCACCAUUCUCGGCGAAGUUUUGAAAUAACUCAGGGCUAAAUGUUGCACAGUAUACUUUUUAUAAUGAAGAGAAUAAACUCUGCAAUGGCAUAAAACUAAUUUAUUAUUAUACAUUGGGGAAGCGGGGAUUGAAGUAACUGCAAUUGAAACUUCUCGAAUAAAGAAAAUGUAAUGAAUUACAAAAUCAAUUUGGGUUUUUUUUCAUCGAAACCAAACAAAUCCAAAUAGUUAAAUUUUCAGGAAAAACAAAAAGAUCUUCAAAUCGUUCGUUGUAUGGUAAAUAUGGUAAUUUUUUUAUGAACAUAUAAUAGAUAUGAAAACAAAGUUUCAGGUUUGAAUUAAUAUAUUUUGUGGACCUAUUUAAAUAAAGUGAUCUUCGAAC